AUGGGCAGGGCAACUCCACUGGUGCUAAAUUUCUCCUUUUUUUCUUUUUUUAUUUCCUGUUGUUCUGUAGAUUCUCAAGUUCUUCAGGAGCCAGGGGAUAGGUCACACUGGUGUGUGGUGGCAUACUGGGAAGAGAAGACACGCGUGGGUCGGCUGUACUCUGUCCAAGAGCCCUCCCUGGAUAUCUUCUAUGAUCUACCUCAGGGGAAUGGUUUCUGCCUCGGACAGCUCAACUCAGACAACAAAAGCCAACUGGUGCAGAAGGUCCGCAGCAAGAUUGGCUAUGGCAUCCAGCUCACCAAGGAAGUGGAUGGCGUGUGGGUGUACAACCGCAGCAGUUACCCCAUCUUCAUCAAGUCGGCCACACUGGACAACCCCAACUCCAGGAUGUUGCUGGUUCACAAAGUGUUUCCAGGUUUUUCCAUCAAGGCUUUUGACUACGAGAAGGCGUACAGCUUACAGAGACCCAACGACCAUGAGUUUAUGCAGCAACCAUGGACCGGAUUUACUGUUCAGAUCAGCUUUGUGAAAGGCUGGGGCCAUUGCUACACUAGACAGUUCAUCAGCAGUUGCCCGUGCUGGUUGGAGGUUAUUUUUAAUAACCGAUGACUCGAGACAGUGUGGACUCAUGACAUUUAUACUACUUUGCUGCUACUAUUUCCUUCUGAGUGCUUGCUUUUCAUGCAAACUUUUUGGUUUUGUUUUGUUUUUGUUUGUUACCCCUCUCUUCGUUUUGAGAAAUAGCUUAUGGAAAGAUAUUUUUUUUUUUUCUCGCCUUGGGGGUAUUUUGAUAAAUAUAUCUAUUUUUUAGAAGUGUGAAUGACCAAUGACUCAGAAGGGUGAGAGAAGGGUGCAAGGGGGAUAUCUAGAAUCACAUAAGAUAAUUAUUUCACAUCUUUGAAGGGGAUCGACGGAUUUGAAAGCCACUUGCUCUAUGUUACAGCUCCUUCUCUUGGACAAAUCAACAAGAUACCUGUAUUUUUUACGCACCACCUUCCCAACCCUGGUGACGGUGACACCGAGAUCCCUUCCCCAGCGGUGCUAACCCUGCGUUGCCGCCGGAGGAUGGUGCAAAACUUUCCCAACCGGGUCUUUUACCGACCCUUUUGAAUUUUUAUUGUAUUUUUCUUGUUGCUGGGUUCGUGUCUUGUCACUGUGUUCAUCCUUCCACUGCUUUUUCCGUGUGUUUUACGGCCAUGGAUUUGAUGCAAGGGGAGAAAACAACAGCGGAGGAGCUUCGCCCAUGGCCCGUGCUUGGUAAUUUCAGCUCAGAUGUGAAGCGACAGAAGCCUAAGCCUAAAAAAAAAAAAACCAACCAUAAAACUAAACAAAAGAAUAAAACAAAUGGGGAAAACAAAAAGACAAAGUGUUCACCAUAGUUGGUCUGUUGUAACCUGCUUAGAUCAGGUUAUCCAGGUACCACCUUAUCUGGAAAUGCAGUUGUGCUUUCAUUUCUUCUUGAAUUCAUACACGAGUAUGAUACUUUUACACUGUUCUUAGCUCAAUGAGCAUGUUUAGACCUUAACAUAAGCUAUUUUUCUAAAUAUAAAGGUUUAAUUGAACAAGAGAGCAUUCUCAUUGGAUCUUUAGCAUUGUAGUGCUUUCGAAAUACACACACACACACAAAAAAAAAGGACUCCUUAAAAAACCCUGAGAUUUAUUAAAGAAAAAAAUGUAUUUUAUGUUAUAUAUAAAUAUAUUAUUACUUGUAAAUAUAAAGACUUUUAUAAGCAUCAUUAUUUAUGUAUUGUGCAAUGUGUAUAAACGAGAAAAAAUAAGAAAGAUGCACUUUGCUUUAAUAUAAAUGCAAAUAACAAAUGCCAAAUUAAAAAAAAAAAAAAAA